UUUGUGUACAAAUCAUUACAACAAUCACAAAUUCGCUUCUAGGGGAGUAUAUAGUGGAUUUAAACACGACGGCAGCGAUGGAUCCACCGCACAGAGGAGAGGCCUGCAGCCCUAAUAACGGCCUUUAUUCACAGCAUCUUCUGGGUUUAAUCUGUAAAAAUGUAAGAAUAAAUAAAUAAAAAGCGUUCAAUAAUUUAUUUAUUCCACGAGUGUGUUUGUGUUUAUUCUGACGCGCAUGCGUGUUGGGAAUCUUUUCUCCUCCAAACUGAUGAAAACUCGUUCAAAGUGUUUCUGUACUUUCUUUUUUCGAUCCCGGUCUAAAGGCCAACUCCGGGUUGGAUUGGACUCUUUUUAUUUAUUAUUGGUCCUGUUUGAAAAAUGAUGCGUUCAGGCUUACUGUUCAUCAUGGGGGGGUGGGGAGGAGGCAGCAAGGUUUCGAUUUAGAGACGGUCAAUUUUCUGGAAACAAAGGACUUGGAUAUCUCCAUCAUCUUGCCUGUGUGUGUGUGUGUGUGUGUGUGUGUGUGUGUGUGUGUGUGUGUGUGUGUGUGUGUGUGUGUGUGUGUGUGUGUGUGUGUGUGUGUGUGUGUGUGAGAGAGAGUGUGUGUGCACGCGCACCUGAAGUCCUGAUAACGUUAAAGAAAGUGUACACUCCCUCUGAUAAAGAAACCCUCUCUGUUCUAUCCUCUGCAGUGGUUCCUGUUUUACAGAAUAUUUGAUGUUGCAGAUUUAUUUUGUAUUAAAGUGAAUUAAAUGUAGAAUCCGUUCAGUACAGAUGCUGGAAUGAAUCAUGAUUAUUUCUCUUCCUGCUGCCUGUGCGUAAAAGAGGUGAAGGCCUUUUAUGGUGUUUUCUGUGUUUUUAAGGAGUAGAAGAGAGACACUGUGUUUGACAUGUUCGUGUGAUUUUAAACAGUAAAACGAAUCUGUGAAGCAGCUCGUGUGUGUGUGUGUGUGUGUGUGUGUGUGUGUGUGUGUGUGUGUGAGGGUGAGAAUCUGUUCAGGUGGAAAAACAAAAAGCUUCUUUAUCUCGCAGCUCAAGGGCAAACGCAGCCGAACAGCGUGGAAGCUGCUGUGUGACUUGUUAUUCUGAAGAUGUUCAUUUGGAAAAUAAUUCUGUUUCUUGAUGCAAAGCAGAGCCGCGCGCGAGGCUGAGGCUCAAUUAACAUGCGAGGGGAGUUUAAAUGUGCGCGUGGUGGAGUAAAAAAGGUGCUGGAUUCUCGUCCCCUAAUGCAAAGGUCUGCUGGUGAUUUAGGAGAGCGUGUAACCUGAAUUAGUUGAUGAAUUUUCUAUCGAUCCUAAACAAGCCAGAUUUAUCUCUGACACGCGCGGGGCUGCUGGGUGGCCGCGCGCCCACUCCCGUUAUUAGCCAUUUGGAAAGAACAGAGAAGAAGAAGAAAAAAAGGAGAGAAGCUCUGGCAAGCCCGUCUGUACACACACCCAAAUAUACACACACACACACACACACACUCCCAAAUACACACACAGAGGGAGGUGCAGGCGCCACUUUAAAUCCCCGCGAGCGCUUUCUUUUUUCUGUUUGCUUUCUUUUUUUUUCCUGAGAAGCUGCAGCCAGACGCGGAACAGGGGGAAAGGGUUCGUUUGACUUGUCAUCUGGACUGUACUCUACAGCUCGUGCGUGUCCGUGCGCGCGCAAAGCUACGUGUUAUUGUUGUGAUUCUCUGAAAACAUGAGAGAGUGGGGCGCGAGAGGGGAAAGUACUGAGGCCAUAUGAUGAUGCGCGUGCGGGGGCCGUAUAUGCUUAAUCCCAUUUCCUUAUCCGGGGUCCGUCCUAGAGGCGCGCCAUUGGCCGGCUGCCGUCACGUGGCUUCUUAACUUUGUUCACUUGACAGAAAAGUAGGAGGGUUCAACGGAACAGGAAUAAGCGAAGAGUAAAGGGAUGAGAUAUAAAUUUUAGUUAUAUAUUUUCAGAGUAGGUGCAAUUCCACAAAAAGAGUGAAAUUAAUGGCCAUGAGCUCCUAUUUGAUCAACUCCAACUAUGUGGACCCCAAGUUCCCCCCGUGCGAGGAGUACUCUCACAGCGACUAUCUGCCCAACCACUCUCCGGACUACUACAGCUCCCAGCGGCAGGAGCCCGCCGCCUUCCAGCCGGACUCUCUCUACCAUCACCACCGAGCCGAGCCGCCCUACACGCCGUGUCAGCGUGGUGGGCAGCCCGCCUCCGUGGUGAUGUCCCCGCGGGGUCACGUUCUCCCCCCGGCCGGGAUUCAGACCACCCCCGUCCCGGAGCAGAGUCACCGCUGCGACUCGGUGACACCCAGCCCGCCUCCCCCUCCAUCCUGCGGACAAACGCCCCACAGCCAAAGCACUUCGUCCCCCUCCAGCACCCGUAAGGACCCGGUGGUGUACCCGUGGAUGAAGAAAGUCCAUGUAAACAUCGUGAACCCAAACUACACGGGGGGAGAACCGAAGCGCUCGCGGACGGCCUACACGCGCCAGCAGGUUCUGGAGCUGGAGAAGGAGUUCCACUACAACCGGUACCUGACGCGCAGGCGCAGAGUGGAGAUCGCGCACACGCUGGUGCUGUCGGAGCGGCAGAUCAAGAUCUGGUUCCAGAACCGGAGGAUGAAGUGGAAGAAGGACCACAAGCUGCCCAACACCAAGGUCCGCUCCGCCUCCAACAGCAGCAACACAAACUCCCAGAGCCACACCGGGCCCCUAUAGCCCGGUAACAGCCCGGUACACAGCCCGGUAAACAGCCCGGUUCUCUGGCUCUUUGGCUCACUUUGUGUCCCUCCCUGAAACUGAACGUCGACGCUUGUAACCACCGGAGCCCGCACUUUGGACCGGAUUAAAGGCUUUGCUGUGGAGGGAGGGAUGCUCGGCCCUGAUCUAUGCUGAUGAUAUACAUUAUAAUAAUAUGACGUGAUGACGUGGGAGGGGUGGAGGGGUGGAGGGGGAGAAUCUCCCAUUCAUAAAAAUAUGAAACGAACAAAAGAAGGAGACUGAAAGAAAACGACGCUACAGCUUCUCUGCUUCUAUCGUCAAAUCUCUCUCUCUCUCUGCCUUUUAUAUCUCUCUCUUUUUAUACCUCUCUCUCUCUCUCUCGCUCUCCCUCUCUCUCUCUCUCUCUCUCUCUCUCUCUCUAUGCAGGCUGAGGAUUAUGUGCCCGCUCUUCUCUCUGAGUUUUUAUUUCGCUGAAGAUGGAUCCUCGUUUUCAUCUUUAAUCAUGCCAAACUCUGCUCCCAUUUGUCAUGUUUACUCUGCGGGUACAAAGCAAAGGGGUGAACCGCGGCUCUGCCCAUUACCCCCCCCCCCCCCCCCCCCCCCCCCCAAAAAAAAAAAAACCUGCACCCCUCCAACCCCAUAAACACGCGCGUGUAAUAAAUGGAAGCAUCGUUUCGUCACGAGCAGUAUUCUUACACAAACACGUUCAUAUCUUACUCUUAACAUCCAAUAAUAUAACCCGCGGAAUGAUCCACGAAGACGCCAUGUUGUUGUUGUUGUUUCUGUUGAUUCUAGUUCUUUUUGAAUUCAGUGUUGAUUGUAAAGAAAAGGUCCGAUGAUUGUUCAUUUUGUGUUCUGGAUGUUAGCAGACUGAAUUGAAGGUAUUUUCCACCACAGACAAACAGACAGGGUGAACUAAACAAAUGAGAAUAAUAUCCAAAGCUAAAUCCUGGUACAAGUAGCAGAACACGUUCAAAACGCAGCACUAUACAAUGUACUACCUAUUACCUCAGUUCUAUAAAUAUAUUUUUAUCUCUUUGUUUUCUCUCCUGCUCGUUCAAUGAAGUGACAGCUUUUCGAGCUUUUAUAUUUUUUUAAAUUGUGUGACGACUUAUUAUUAAAAUGAUUAUUAUAAUUAUUACCUGCAAUACGAUAAAAAGCGCUCUUCAUUUUCUUGUUUGUGGAUUUUUUAAGGAGCAGAUGUAAUUUAAUUGGAAGCGGUUGUUUGUGUUUCCUGCAUGUCUGAAUGUUUUCUUCUUUGUCUCUUUGUUUGCUCGCUCAUUAAAUGCGCACACCCCUCUCCUCUGUUCUGACUCCUCUUUAGAUAUUUUAUUCUCCAAGUGUUUUUUUUUUUUAUUGAUGUUAUUUUAUUUACAUUCCAAAGAUCCGUUUCUAUGAUGAUGAAAACGAUGAUGACGGUGUUGUUGAACAUGUGUUACCUCCUCCUCUCUCUGCUUCUGCCUCCUCAGUGUCUUCCUAUUAUUUGUAAAUAGUUCAUAGAAAUUUAAAUAAAUGGCUAAAAAGAA